AGAGAGGCUUGUGUUUAUGCAAAUGCUGAAUAGCAGUCGUCCACGCUACUUUCACUUUCCACUACGAGGGGGCUUGGUUGCUCAGUGGAGAGUUCGAGGGGAAAUUUCAUCACUUGCUGGGGUAGUUUCCACCGAGGGAGAGGAGGAGUUACUCAGAGGAAAGAUUUAAUCUGAGCGCGUCUUGAAGUAUAAGCAUUUGGAGAAAUAUGCUGUUCAGUACUUGUUUGUACAGUCGUCUUGCUACUGGAUUGACUUCCUGCUUGUUCUCACCUGUAAAGUAAGAGUUUGAUAGAAAUGUCGUGUUUGGAGCUCAGAGACUCCGCCAGUCGCUACAGGUUUGCUCAGUCCUGCUUGGGACUGGCGGGCUGCGUCUUCGUGUGCUAUGCCGUGUCGACGCCCUUCUGGCUGAACGACGAGGGGCUGUGGGCAAAGUCCAUUAACAACCAAAGCGACCAGGCAAAUAGUGAAAAUAAAGCUGUCUUCAACGCUCUGGAAGCAGAGAGAGUAUUUGGACUCAUUUCCUGUCUGAUGGCUUUGAGCACUGGUGCGCUGUGUUUGGUGUUUGCCCUCUGCUGGACGUCUAAAACCCCCCUGUCCUACUCCAACACCCGCGCCCUCCUCCUGGCAGGCCAGGCCCUCUUCCCCACCACUCUGCUGCUGCUCACCAUGGGCUUCACAGGUUUCUUCUUCCUCCUGAGCUGGUCAUUUUUUACCCACCAGCACCGAGAGGAGAUUCGGCAGGACUUUUCCAGCCUGGGCUCUUCCUACUGGUUGGGGGCUUUAGGUUGGAUAUUGCUGCUGGUUGUGGAGCCGGUCAUCUUUGUCAUCGAACAAGUUGUCGUGCCAAGCACUUUACCUGACUUGGAGAAAAAUCUGGAUGCAUUGAGGGUGGACUCUCUGCUCAGAUCAAAACGGUCAGUCAGUGUGGGUCAACACCUGACCAACCACAAAAGCAACAUAGCACCAAAGAGGUUUUUUUCAGAGCCUUGACCGAGACUGUUCAUCAGCUGGACAUGACGUCAGCUGUCUCCUGCGGGACGGAACCAAAACAAAAGCACACUAAGGACCACCAACCCUGGAGGGUAAAUUUAAAACAGAAAAGUUCUCAAGUCUGUUUGCUUAUGCUGGUCAUAACCAGCAAAAUAAAAAAAAUACACUCAAUGUUUACCAACAUUAAACUAGUGACUAAAUGAAAAUGCAUUUAGUUUUAAAGAUGAUCACUUUUAUUUUUGAAAGUAAGCUAACUGUUUCAAAGCAGAUCACUAAAUGUGUGAAAAAUACAUCACAAUGCUCUUUUAUUGUUUUUUAUUGGAGUUAAAAAUGUUUGUCAUUUAAUGCAGUUAAUGUCAAAUAUUAAAACAAUCAUUAAACUCUACUUUCUGGAACAUGUGGUUGUGUAAGUG